AUGGCAUUACUACCCAACUGUGAGAACAGCCAAUCCUGUUCUGCCCGGAGGAUGAGAGCGUUGAGAACUUCCAUCGUAAGAACGAACACCACCGGCGACUUCUCGACAAUUAUGCUUCCGCUGGCGCCGGACGAUUUAGUGGAAGACAGGGAGAACCUCCGAGUCUUCAGCGGGGGUGCAGGAACCCUAGUGUGCAUCAUCUGCUUGGUGGACGACGACCUCAAGGUGCUCAAGGUCAUGAGGGACCAUCAUGGCAGAUGGGAGUGCACGGUCGAGAAGAGUGUUCAUCUAUGCCAGGCGGCCAACAUCGAGUCCAGCUGGGCAAAGCGGCGGUCAUGGCGUUUCUUGGACACGACCACGACGGCAGCGGCAACCCUGGUACUCGGCGCCUUCUUGCGCUCCUCCACCUUGUUAUUCUACAUCAACGUCGAGACCUUGAAGCUGCAGCGGGCGAACAAGAUGACGACAUCCUUGAAUGCCAAGUAG